AUGAGUUUUCUCUUGGGCAAAAGAAAAACCCCAUCAGAACUGUUGAGGGAAAACAAGAGGAUGAUCGAUAAAUCAAUAAGAGAAAUAGAGAGGGAAAGGCAAGGACUGCAAGCUCAAGAGAAGAAGCUCAUUGUCGAGAUCAAGAAAAAUGCUAAACAAGGACAAAUGGGAGCUGUGAGAGUAAUGGCAAAAGACCUUAUUCGAACCCGACAUCAGAUUGAAAAAUUCUAUAAGCUUAAAUCACAACUCCAGGGUGUAGCUUUAAGAAUUCAGACAUUGAAAUCAACUCAAGCAAUGGGGGAGUCCAUGAAAGGUGUCACGAAGGCCAUGGGUCAAAUGAAUAGGCAAAUGAACUUGCCGUCAUUGCAGAAGAUAAUGCAGGAGUUUGAGAGACAGAAUGAGAAGAUGGAAAUGACAUCUGAGGUGAUGGGAGAUGCUAUGGAUGAUGCUUUAGAAGGGGAUGAAGAAGAGGAAGAAACAGAAGAGCUUGUAAAUCAAGUGCUUGAUGAAAUUGGAAUUGGCAUCAAUAACGAGCUUGUGGAUGCACCCUCAGCUGCUGUAUCUGUCCCAGCUGCAAAGGACAAGGUUGCCCAAGCUGAAUCAACCGGGAAUCAUGAAGAUGGUGGAAUAGACGAUGAUUUACAAGCACGAUUAGAUAAUUUAAGAAGGAUGUGA